AUGAGAUUCUGUGACAAGAACAAACACUCGGCACUGGACAAUAUCAGCCAUGAUUUAAGGUCACUGGAUGACUUUGAUAAUGACAAGGAUAUUCCAAGUACAGAAACAAAGUGCAACACUUCAAAUGAGGAUACCCCGAUAGAAGUUUCGAAAUUGUAUUUUUUCAUGUGCAGCCACAGCAGAGAGUAUUUUAUUGAACAAUUUAAGAAAAUACCUUCCCCUGCCAACGUAUCUACCAUAGUGGCAGACAGCGAGGACAACAAAAAUAAAAACAGAUACAGAAACAUACGAGCAUAUGAUCACUCUCGGAUACACCUUGAAAUUAACACAAAAAACAAUGAAGGUGACUACAUCAAUGCUUCAUAUCUUGAGGGAUACAAUAAUCAAGAAAAAUUCAUCGCUUCUCAAGGUCCCUGUGCAUCAAUGUUGAAUGAUUUUAUUCGCAUGUUAUGGGAACAGAAAGUAGAAAAAGUAAUUAUGCUCACCAAUUUGAUAGAAGAAGGCAAGAACAAAUGUUUAAAAUACUGGCCUGACGAGGGAAAGGAAAAGUUUGGAGACAUUAAAGUAAAGCUAGCUGCCACACACGUCUUUGCUGACUACACCAUCAGAAAACUGGAACUUAUGAAGAAGAACGAGCCGACCCACGCGUUGACCCACUUCCACUUCACAUCCUGGCCAGAUAAAGGUGUGCCGGCCACUCCCUGGAGUCUGGUGGACUUUGAGCAGAGGGUGGCCAUGGAGGAGAGCACCAGGCCUAUGGUCGUACACUGCAGCGCUGGAGUGGGUCGUACUGGAACUUUUAUUGCAUUACGUAACGUGAUGAGGGAAGCUGAAGACACGGGUGUGGUCAACUUCUUCCGUACUGUGUCCAAGUUACGGCAGGAUAGGAUGAUGAUGAUACAGACUGCUGAACAGUACGAGUUUUUGCACAAGGCCGCCCAGGUCGCUAUAGUCUGUAUGGGAACCACAGUCACAUCACGUGACAUAGAGUCUAGAAUCAGCUUUCUUCAAGAGGGUCAAAAGUCAGGAAAAAGUCAAAUGGAGGCUGAGUUCAAGGCUGUAUCUGCUCUCUGUGACUACCUGUGCACUGCUAAAAAGAGGGAAACAAUGGGUGAGAGAGAUGGAAAUAUUUACCUGAACGGUGAUACCUUGGCUGAUACAGAGUUGAAUAGGGACCUCGACAGUGUGCCUGAUAUAAACUUCAGAACAAAGCUAGAACGUGAAUCAGUAUCUUUGCGGGAUUACAUCAAUGCAGUAAUUGUUCCUAGUUUUACUAAAACUGAUGGUCAGAUUUUAACACAACUGCCAACAGCAACGACUGUCGUUGAUUUCUGGAGACUGGUCAUGCAAUACAAUGUCGCUCUAGUGCUAGCCUUUGAAACCAAUAGCAACUCUAAGGACUCGAAAACCGGGCAGUACUUAGCAGAAAGCAUUACAGAGCCCUUAGCUUGUGGAUUAUAUGAGGUGUCCACAGGUCCUAUAAAGAAUGAAGACCAAUGUGAAAUACAAAAUAUCACCGUUAAAUCCAAGAAGAAAAAGAACAUCUUAUCCCAAGUGUCAAAUAGUCGUUCUCUGACGCAUAUUACCGUAAAUGAUUUAACUCUGGAUCCUAAACUUUGGUUAAACUUAAUAAAGAAGGCCAGAGCAAAUAAUACUCACGGGCGUAUCCUUUAUAUGUGCAGAUGA